UUGAAGAUUAAACCUCACCUGUAUCCAAACCCGUCCUUCUCUUCAAUCUAGGGUUUUCGCUCACUGAACUUUUGCCAAGGAUUCUCUCUUCUACCAACACCUCGCUAUCUAACUUGAAUUUUGAUCUUCACCCAAUCCGAUUCGCUUCCUAGGGCGUCCCAGAUAAUCCAGCUAUCUCUACUUUCAGAUUCCAGGUUUAGAGGAAAAAGGGACGGUAGAAUGGGAUCAAAGAGGCAAAAUGAUAGUGUCGUAGAUGAGGAAGAGUUGGGUCCAGACUUAAAAAGGCAUAAAUCACUUGGAGAAUCGUCACCUUCUUCUCCACCUGCCUCAGAGAACCCUCAGCUUCCCGGUUUUAACUAUGGCGAUGAUGAUGAAGAAGAAGAUUACAAAUCUAAACAAAAUGGAAGUGGAUAUGAUGGAGAUGAAGGGGAUGGUACUGAUGAUGAAGAAAAUGAUGAAGAUGAAAAUCAUAUAAUGCGAAGUCGUGAUGUUGAAGUUCGAAAAGAUUGUCCUUAUCUUGAUACCGUAAACCGUCAGGUUUUGGAUUUCGAUUUUGAAAAGUUUUGUUCUGUCUCUCUGUCAAAUCUGAAUGUUUAUGCCUGCCUAGUAUGUGGCAAGUAUUAUCAAGGGAGAGGGAAGAAGUCUCAUGCUUACACUCAUAGUCUUGAAGCAGGACACCAUGUGUAUAUCAACCUACGGACAGAGAAAGUUUACUGCCUUCCUGAUGGAUAUGAGAUUAAUGACCCCUCGUUGGAUGAUAUUCGAUAUGUCCUGAAUCCAAGGUUUGCCAAAGAGCAGGUAGAGCAGCUUGACAAGAAGAAGCAAUGGUCUAGAGCACUUGAUGGUUCUGAUUACCUUCCAGGAAUGGUGGGGCUUAACAACAUUAAAGAAACCGAUUUUGUAAAUGUGACAAUUCAAUCCUUAAUGAGGGUUACACCGCUCAGGAACUUCUUCCUCAUACCGGAGAACUAUCAGCACUGCAGAUCACCACUUGUCCACCGGUUUGGUGAACUUACACGUAAGAUUUGGCAUGCACGAAACUUCAAAGGACAGGUAAGCCCGCAUGAAUUCCUGCAAGCAGUUAUGAAGGCUAGUAAAAAGCGUUUCCGAAUAGGUGCGCAGUCGGAUCCUGUUGAAUUUAUGUCAUGGUUUCUUAACACGCUACAUUCAGAACUGCGAGUUUCAAAGAAAAGUAGCAGUAUAAUCUACGAGUGUUUCCAGGGAGAACUGGAGGUUGUCAAAGAGAUUCACUCGAAAGCUCUCACUGAGAAGAAAGAAAAUGGUGACGAUCAGGAUGCUGGAACUGAAGGUAGCAGUGUCGUAAUGGAAACUUCAAGAAUGCCAUUCUUAAUGCUUGGAUUGGAUUUACCGCCGCCACCUCUUUUCAAAGAUGUUAUGGAGAAAAAUAUAAUACCACAGGUUCCACUCUUCAACAUUUUGAAAAAAUUUGAUGGUGAAACUAUCACAGAAGUUGUACGGCCACGUAUAGCAAGGAUGCGCUACCGUGUUACUCGAUUGCCUCAGUAUUUAAUUCUUCAUAUGCGGCGAUUUACGAAGAACAACUUUUUUGUGGAAAAGAAUCCCACUUUAGUGAACUUUCCCGUCAAGAAUCUAGAAUUGAAGGAUUACAUCCCCUUGCCAACCCCGAAAGAGAGUGAAAAAUUACGUUCGAAGUACGAUUUAAUUGCAAAUAUUGUUCAUGAUGGCAAACCGAAUGAAGGGUACUACAGGGUAUUUGUACAGAGGAAGUCCGAAGAAUUAUGGUACGAGAUGCAGGAUCUUCACGUCUCAGAAACACUUCCUCAAAUGGUUGCUCUAUCUGAGGCUUAUAUGCAGAUAUAUGAACGGCAGCAAUAGAUAGGAAGUUCAAUAGCGCAAUUAGUUGGUUUAUUUCCCCUCUACAAUAUAUGCAUCUGUACUUAAACAGGAGAUGAUAGUAGAUAAAGGAAGCUUCUUGCUGCUAAUCUCUUCGUUUAAUUGUAGAAUCAAUUGAACUUACUUUGGGAAAUUGGACUGGAAAGGUCUGGACAAUGCUGCUGCUGAUGCUGCUGCACACCAAUUUCUGUAAAGCAGGUGAAAUUUUGUUGCCUAAAUUACCUGAGUUUUUCUGUAACAAACAUAACAUUGAUGAUUAUGAUAUAGAUAGUAAGGCAACGGGAUGAGUUUUAUGAGUUUGGAGGAUAUGUAUUUGCAGAGAUGUGGUAUGAGAAGGCAUAACUGUGAGAGUUUGUACUUCUGAGUAUCUACUGGAUUUUUGUUACUUGUUGGUAGGCUGUGUAGAACAUAUAUUCUUGAGUUUGCAGCCUAAUAGACAGACUCCUCUGAUUAAUAAC